UGAGCGGUUAUUUUCAAGUGAUAUUAUCAAUGCAUGUUAUCAAUUUCAUCUGCAAAUUGUCCUUAUAUAACUUGUCGCUACUUUACUCUGAUUAAGGGUGUUAUAUACGUUUCAGUGUAUUCUUUGAUAUGCCAUAUACAUAGCCGGCGCACCGGCGUCCCUCAGUCAAUAAAAGUGUUAUCGGGUUUAAUAUUUUUACAGCAAGAUCACAUUCAAAAAAGUAAGAAAUAUAUAAGUAUUUUGUACAUUAUGAGUACAAAUACGAAAAGAACUAUUUAUGUAGGGGGCCUAGCUGAGGAAGUUGACGAAAAAAUAUUACAUGCGGCAUUUAUACCUUUUGGUGAAAUAGUUGAUGUACAAAUACCAUUAGACUAUGAAUCAGAAAAGCAUAGAGGAUUUGCUUUCAUUGAAUUUGAAAGUGCAGAGGAUGCAGCAACAGCAAUUGAUAAUAUGAAUGAUUCUGAGCUGUUUGGACGAACAAUAAGGGUAAACAUUGCAAAACCACAAAAAAUAAAAGAAGGUUCAUCAAAACCUGUUUGGGCUGAUGAUGCAUGGUUACAAGAACAUGCAGGUGAAACACUUAAAAGUGAUGAUAAUGCAAAUUCAGCAGAUGCAGUUCAAUGCAAAAAAGGAAAACAAAAUCCUCAAGUCUAUUUUGAUAUUACUAUUGGAAAACAAGAAGUAGGUAGAAUUAUUAUGAUGCUGAGAGCUGAUGUAGUACCAAAAACUGCUGAAAAUUUUCGUGCUCUUUGUACACAUGAAAAAGGAUAUGGAUACCAAGGAAGCAUAUUUCAUAGAAUUAUUCCGGAAUUUAUGUGUCAAGGAGGAGAUUUUACAAAUCAUAAUGGAACAGGAGGUAAAUCAAUCUAUGGAAAUAAAUUUGAUGACGAAAAUUUUGAAUUAAAACAUACUGGACCUGGUACUUUAUCAAUGGCAAAUUCUGGUCCAAAUACAAAUGGAUCUCAAUUCUUCAUAUGUGCUGCACGUACAGAUUGGCUAGAUGGAAAACAUGUAGUAUUUGGGCAUGUUCUGAGUGGCUUAGAUGUUCUAAAGAAAAUGGAAAAAUGUGGAACUAAAUCAGGCACUCCUACUCAAAAAAUUGUUAUAACAGCUUGUGGAGAAUUAACUUAAAUCAUUUUUAAAAUUUAUCAUUUCGUAAUAAUUGUAACAUAAAUCUUAUGUGAAUUAAAAAAUUCAAAUAUUUUAAUAAAUCUAAAGCAUGGUUUAGUAUUUCUUGUAACUAUUAUGCUUUUGAUGGUACAAGGAGUCUAUGCCCGUAAUAAUUAAAACUAACAAUAAGUUGUGGUUAAAGAGGGAUUCGUAAAGGUAAAAUAAUCUCAUUUAGGGGUAUUUAGGACCCCAAAAAAUCAUACCCCUCGAGAACAAAAACAUUGUCUAGUCUUUCUUUAUCUGUAGUCACUGUCUGUAUUCGACAGAUUUUUUUAUUAUUAUUAUUGUUUUAAUUAAAAAAUUGUUAUUACAGAAUUCAUGUACCAUAUCUUUUAUACUAGUUUUAAAACGUUACAUAUUAUUACAGGUUAAUUUGAAAAUUUAUAAUAUAUUUUGAAUACAUGAAAUAUAUAAAAUUGAACCGCUGCUUAUAUGAAUACAGGAACGGAGGAACGAAUACAGUGUGUUCAUGUGUUCUAAGUUAUCGUGUGGUAUCAUCGAAAACUCUAGAGUCUCUAAAUUUUCACGCUUUUACAAGAAAAAUUUGAUCCUGUGAUCUAUUAUUAUAUCGUGCUACUACAAACAAACUACUUAAUAAAACUUUCGAAAGGAAGCGAACUCCA